AUGGGCAAAAAGCAACAUCAAAAGGACAAGUUAUAUCUCACUACGACAGAAUGGAAAGAGAUUGGUGGCCAUAAAGAUGAUACUGGUACUCGCCUACAACGAGCGCAAUUCAAACGACUGCCUCUCACUCACUGCGCUCUUUCCCUACUUCCUUUUGAAGAUCCUGUUUGUACGAGAUCUGGGGAGAUUUUCGAUUUGACCCAUAUCAUUCCUUACCUGAAAAAGAAUGGUGUCAAUCCAUGCACAGGAAAGAAAAUGAGCAGCAAAGACCUCAUUCCUCUGAAGUUUGACAAAGAUGAGCAAGGUAAUCUCCGCUGCCCUGUAACAUUUCGACAAUUUACCAAUCAUACCUAUGUGGUUGCAAUCGCUACCACUGGUAAUGUAUUCUCCUAUGAAGCCGUGCAGGUACCGAGUUAA